CCAAAAAGACCUAGUUACAAAAGAAACAAAGUGAUGCAGAAAGGCCAGAUCCAGGAGUCCAGACAACCUUUUUUCAAACCCCUUCACAUGACUAGUCAAGAAAACUGUGGGUUCUUCAACCUGAACAAUAUUAAUAAUUCUCAGGUGAAUUCGAAUGCACAGUUUUUUAAUCAGCAAGAAAUAGAACAAGAAAGGAAUGAGUGGCGACAGGAUGAGUUUUCAAGUUUGUCAAGACUGAAACAGACAGCUGAACAGCUUAGAGAAUGGGAAGUUAAGAAUGAUAUUGAGAUAAAGAAAAAGGAACAUCUAAUUCAAGAAGGAAAGCAGACUAUAGAGUCCCUUAGGUCUUUAUCACUUGAUCUUCAGUUGCAAAAUGAAGAGCUUAGUCGGAAACUUCAGGAGGAACUGGAAAACCAGGAAGAAAUUGCAAAAAAAGUUGAAGCAACAAGAGAACUAUGUGCACUGCUAAAAAGCCAUAUUUCCCGUUUGGAUGAAAAAUUGCUUCAAUGUGAAAGAGAAAAAACAGAAUUGUCAAACUUGCAGAAGGACUAUGGCAGUAAAUUUGAGGAACUGUCUUUCAAGUUUCAGCAGUUACAACUUACAUCAUCAGAACAGCAAAAUGCAUUAUCCAACCAAUUGAUAAAAGAAAAAGAGGAAAAAGCUAAAUGUUUAGAAGAGGAGAGACAAAAACUAGUCCAGUCUAAAACUGAGAUGCUGGAAGUAGAGAAACAGUUGGAAAUCAAGCUUGAUGAAUUGGAUAGCCUCUCUGCUGCACUUAAAGAAAACCAAAAAGAAGCUGAAGUUCUACAGCAGACAGUUGAAAACCUUCAGAGUAAAUUGCAAGUAUGCCAGGGUAAUUCAAAGGACCUAGAAGAACGGAUAAAAGCUCUGAGUGAAAAAUUGUUGUGCAUUGAGGAUGAAAAAGAAAAACUGAAAACAGAACUUGAAUUAACCAAAAACAAAUUAGCAGAGACAAUUGAAAACAAAGACAAGCUAGCAGUGAAUUUUGAUGAAACGGAAAAGCUUUAUGUAGAGAAACUAGGAAGCCUUAAAGACGACCUUAGUCAAAUGCAGGAUAUAUUGAAACAGGAAAGAGCAAAAUUGAUUGCUUUGCAAGAUAAUAUGUCUAAAUCACAAAAGUUAAUGGAAGACUUACAGAUGACUAAAGAUAUGCUGAUUUUAGAAAGAACUGAUAAUACAGAUAAAAUCAAAGAACUCGAAAGUGAUAAGGUACUGGUAUGA